UCCAAGAUGGCGUCGAUAAACACAUGUUACAUCAGUUGCGGGUGUAAUCGUACGCCGUUUAGUGCCGACUGGGGACGAAAUAAUUUGAUUUGUUACGCAUCGUGUAGAGCUGUGGCUAUCUAUCGGCCAGAGGGCUGGUCAACAAAACCUGCAAGUGUUGUCUCCACCCUCACCGGGCACCAAGACAGAGUCAACUGUGUUCAGUGGAUAAGGAACCCAGAUAACAGCAGAGAGGAUGAGUUGGUGUCUGGAUCUGUGGACAAGACGGUGCGAGUAUGGAGACAGGAAGGAGAACACUACAGCUUGACCACUACGUUGAAGGGGCAUACAGGGGCAGUCAAUGCCGUGGCAACGGUUAAAGUGUGCCCCAACGUUUUUGACCACAACACUGCGACUGUGUACAUAGCAACAGCAUCGACAGACUCUACUGUCCGAAUUUGGAGACGAGAGCCAGAGAAAGAUUUUGAAGAGGUGCAAGUGUUGUCAUUCGGGACAGGUUUUGUGCUGACUGUGGCGUUCUGUCUCAUCCCAGACACUAACAUUCCAGUGCUGGCAUGUGGUGCCGACGACUCCAAGAUCCACCUGUAUGUGUUGCAGGAAGGACAGUUUGUGAGGAAGAGAGUGCUGACGGGCCACGAGGACUGGGUCAGGGGGAUGGAGUUUGCUGUGGAGGACGGCGGGGACCUGCUACUGGCCAGCUGUUCUCAGGACCACUUCAUCCGCAUCUGGAGACUGGCCGGCCGGGACAGCAACACCGGGACGUCCUCCUCCUCCAUCAGCUGCCUCUCCCUGGAGGAAGACAUCAAGAUGAGGGAGAACACGUUUGCUUUUCACCACAAUGAUGUUGAGAGAUUUCUAGCUGUGAGUCUGGAGUCUGUUUUGAGUGGUCAUGAAAACUGGAUCUACACUGUCCGAUGGCGGCCCCAGGAGAUGAAAGGCAACCAGUGGCACCAGCCUAUGAGCCUUCUGUCAGCAUCAAUGGACAAGACGAUGAUCGUAUGGCAGUUUGAUGUGGCAGCGGGAGUGUGGCUUGAAAUGGUGAGAGUUGGGGAGGUCGGCGGCAACAGUCUGGGUUUCUACGGAGGAUUGAUGAGUCCUGACGGUCAGUCCAUCCUAGCUCACGGCUAUCACGGAGCAUUUCACCAGUGGUCACACCAGCAGUCGACCUUGACAUGGGAGCCGACAGUGACCGGCGGUGGUCAUUUUGCCAGUGUGCAGGACGUAGACUGGGAUCGAGAGGGAGGAGAGUUUCUGGUCAGUGUGAGUGAGGACCAGACCACCAGGCUCCAUGCUCCAUGGGUGACACCGGACAGAGAGACAUGUUGGUAUGAACUGGCACGACCCCAGAUCCAUGGUUACGACCUGCAGUGCCUGAGCAUGAUCAGUCGGUACCAGUUUGUCUCCGGGGCCGAUGAGAAGGUUGCACGAGUGUUCCACGCCCCACGCAACUUCAUUGACAACUUCUGCCAGAUUUGUGGUGUUCCUCUCGACUCGGAGUUGAAGAAAAAGACUGUGUCCUCUCUCCCCGAGGGAGCCAGUGUCCCUGCCCUGGGGCUGUCCAACAAGGCAAUAUUCCAGGGGGACGACAGUCUGAAGACAGACCGAGAACUACAGCGCCACCCUAACGAGCAGUACCCUGAUGUGUACUUUACACCUGUAGCACUCACGGCGCCACCUAGUGAGGAGAAUCUGUUGCAGAACACACUGUGGCCGGAGACACAGAAGCUGUACGGGCACGGAUACGAGGUGUUUGCCCUGGCCAGCAACCCUGCUGGAACAGUAGUCGCCACAGCCUGUAAGGCUUCGAAAGCUGAGUUUGCCAACAUCCUGCUGUGGGACACAUCAACAUGGAGACAGAUCGGUUCACUAGAGGGCGCCACACUGACGGUCACCCAGAUGGCGUUCUCACCCAGCGGACAGUACCUCCUUGCGGUGUCCCGAGACCGGACAUGGUCACUAUAUCAACAAACAGGCGAGACGUGGGAGCGAGUCAGCAGUGUUGACAAGAAGACCUCACAUUCCCGCAUCAUCUGGGCAUGCUGCUGGACACACGAUGACCAGUACUACAUUACAGUGUCCAGGGACAAGAAGGCUAUGGUAUGGUCACUGAGCAGUGUGACUGAGGACAGGGGUGCAGCUAAAGCAGUGUCCAGUCUUGUCCUGUCCGAGUCUGUGACCGCAGUGGACAGUGCUCCUUGCACUGUGGGAGGACAGUACCUGUUUGCUGUUGGUCUGGAGAGUGGGCAGGUUCUUCUGUAUCGAUGGUGUGCCAAGGACGGAAGCUGGACGUGCUGUCACACACUCACACAAUCAAAUGCUCAUCAUCUGGCAGUGAAGAGACUCCGGUUCCGUCCUCGACUUGGUCGAGCUGGAUCAACAGAACCUGGCUCGUGGUUGCAGCUGGCGAGCUGUGGACUGGAUCAUGCAGUCAAAGUACAUGACAUUGAUAUCAGCAAAUUAUGAUGUGUGUCACACAUGACCACUGAGCUCCACACCCAACAACAGCAGAUCUUUCAAGGCCUAGAUCUGCUCCAGUGUAUAUGAUGAUAAGGAUGCAAGGGCAAUCUGGUAAACAAGGAUUCAAGGGCUUGGUCCUCAGGACUCUUUGUCACCUUCCCCUUGGGGCUUCUGGAUCAGAAGUUGUUCACAGAACUUGUAUGAGGUGAUUUGGUAUCGUAGUACCCCAACACUGUGUGUGUCUGUGAUAGUGCAGAGUUGAACAAUGAAUGGUUGCAUACAAUGGCCACAGAGUUUGGAUAACAGAGGUGAAAUGUGUGUUAUGUAAUAUGCACGUGGCAGCCCAGCAAGAGGUGAAUGAUCAGUUGAUUUACUUUUUUUUGUAAAUCAACGGAUCGUUCCUAGUCAUCAAAGAUUAAUCACUGUUA